UGAAUUCGGGUCAUGUGUAGAAAAAGACAAUAAAUCAAUGGACCUUUGUGCAGCUAUUCCAGUAGGGAACAGCUGUGCGGGACCUCCGUGUCCCGGCACCACUCGGCUCUCUUUGGAAGAGACAGACAGACAGACAGGGGGACUCGUGACAGGUUUGUAAAAUCCUUUUAAUGCGACCCAGUGAAUGGAUGUGGCGUGGAAAGGAGGGGGCGUUGCACACUACUGUCUCUAUGUACACAGACACACACACACACAGCGAGCAUCCCACAUCCUGGUACUUUUCAGCGUUGUCAAGGCAGCCUGAGCACGACUGGCGGAAAGUAGCUGCAGUGUCCUGGCAGAAUAUCUGUGCAAAACCGCCCCCAAAGUGUCCCGGAAAGUUAAGUGCCGCUAAAAGGAUAUCUGCACACCAAUGUGAUGUCGGAGAGCAUAAGAGGUGCUCAGAAACAUGAUGAUGCUGAUAAUGACAGUUAGGAUCCUGGACUGAGGGGCUACCAAGGCCAAUCACUGCUGUUGGAUGAGAACCGAUGGGCUGUCUAGCCUGGCAACAGGAUGCCAACUGCAAAAGGUAAAGGUGGCUCAACGUCCCACCGUUACCGGCCGGCCUCGGAGUAUGAUGAUGCCACGCUCGCCCUAAAGCGAGAGUACUGGAGAAACAAGAAGCGAGAGCAGCGGGCCCGUGUGUCAGAGGAGAGGGAAAGGCACAAACACAGCAGCAGCAGCCAGGGAGGGAAGCAGCUAAAUGCCCCAGCAGAAGAGGCUUCCACUCUGGCCCAGUCAUCAGGUGCUUCGUCACCUCCUCUGCAGAGUAAUGAUAAUUCAUACAAUUCUGUGUCAAAGCACGGAAAUGCUCUGGGGGAGGGGUCACGUGAAACCACUGACAGCCAAAAGGAGAAGUGGCUCCAGACAGUAAAGCUCAACAAGCGUCUGCCUCAGUUGCCAGCGUCGUGUUCUAUCUCUGCCAAAUCAGCCAGCGGCAACGCAGCCGCAGGUAAACGUCAGACAGCAAGGGACGCAACCGUUUCCUCACCCGUGUCCUCACCCGUGUCCAGUGGAACUCAGCUGAACACCGUAUCCUCAGUGCCUCCAGUCAGAGUGACCAGAAUAACCAAUGGCAGCUCCAGUAAAACAGCACCUCAGCCACGUGUGUCUAUGCAGGGUGCAUCAGUCCCCAGAAACCAACAUAAGGCACCGGUUGUAUUACCCACUCAGCCCAAAGUCUUACCCACAGGUCUCGUUCUGGUGUCCUCUCCAUGCGGCCCCACUUCCACUAAAGCAGAGAGCAAAAGAGCCAUCUCAACACCUCAGAGUGGAACAAAGCGUGCCUUGGUCACCACACAGAAGGCUAAAGGUGUUGGCAAUGCACGAGCUUCUCUGGAGUCCGACGAGGAAAGAGCAGCCAAGCGUCGGGAACAGUGGCGGAUCAAAAAGCGAGAGCAGCGAGCAAAGCUUGCAGCUAGGUUAGCUAAAGCCAGAGAGAGGACACAGGGUGCAGAGAUGACGUUUCAGAGGCUAACGGCGCCAAAAACCAGACACGUGGGAAGCAUAGUUCUUCCAUCAGAGUCACUUUUGAGAGGAGCAAGCCAGAAGCAGUGUCAUACACGGGUCAAAACAUCACUUACAUCAGCCAAAAGUGAAAACAAUAAACUGCAAAGUGGGACAGCAACUGUAGUUGUAACUGCUCUGCAAACAUCUGAUGUUCCAUCUGUGAAAAAACCAGUAGACUCUCAGGGAAAGGUUCCAAGUUACGGUCAUCUUGGCGGUGUUACCCGGGGUAUCGCGAGAUAUAAAACACCUAGACAAAGGUUCAUCGAAGCACAGAGAAACUUAAUGAACCACAGAAGUCUACGGUGUAAAUCCCCAAUGCUGCCCUCAGCUUUUGGUACCAGAAAUAUGCCCAAAAUCAACCCCGACGACACGCCCGAGCAGAUAAUAGCUAAACGGAGAGAGUACUGGCGGAUCAAAAAGCGCGAACAGCGAGCUAAGCUGUCCAUGGAGGUAAAGGUUCGGUUGAAAGAGAGAGAUUCUUUGAUGAGGAGGGUGAAACGUUACCAGAAGAUCCUCGAGGAGAUGAGGAAGACUAGAGUGCUGGCGCAGUCAACCGGAAGUGCCCUCACUCACAGCCCAGAGACCAUCGGAGGAUUCAUCAAAGAGGACGGGACGCUGACUGCUAACAUCCCUCACAGUUCUGCAUGUCACAGCAUAGCAGAAGACAAAAGCCAAGUAGAGCUUUGUGUAGUUUCUACAAACACUCCUUUGGCACAACAACAGCGUCAGCCUGACGCUAAACUGAGAAGUGUUGCUCCCAUCAGGAUAAACCCGGCUCCCCCUCCUCUUUGCUCAGCUCAGGUGAAAGUCUCUGCUCCUGGACAGCUAGCCAACAAACUGCCGCGACUGCUCGCAGUUAGACCACAGACUCACCUCAAAAGCACAACCGUUCCUAAUUUGCACUCAUCAGCUAUCCAAACUGUGGGUCAGCUCACACUUACUCAUCCACAGAGCCCUCAAAAUUCAGCAGGUUCAAACGUUAGCAGUUGUGUUAUGAAAAUGACCAUCUCGAGCAGAGCGCCGUCGCUGUCAGCCCUGUCUCUGGAUGCGGGGCUGACGGAGGAGGAGAGGAUGGCAAAGAAGAGGGAGUACUGGAGGAUAAAGAAGCGUGAGCAGAGAGCAGCUCGAGCUGUCCGACUGAGACAGGGUGUUUUACAUGCUAGGGCCGGUGCAGCCUCACAAAGGAGGAAGCCUCAGAAGCAGGGGACGCUGAUCACUGUGCCUCAGAUUAGAAAUCUCACCGACACUACAGCAACUGCACCUCCUCUUUCCAACAACAGCGUGCUUUUUCUGCCUCGUGCAAAUGAAAUGAAACAGGAGAGUGACUCCAUGCCAGCAGCUGACCUCAAUUCUCCACCAGAACAAGCCAUCUGUCCAGAUAUCAAACCCCCUAUUUCCCCACCUCCAGCACCCCAGCUGGAGUCUGACCCAUGUCUGAGCGCAGACAGCCAAACUGCCACUCUGCUAGCUGUGGCCUCCAUGAAGAAGCUCCUGGAAGAAUCUCUUAGCACAGUGACAGAAUGUAAAAGUGAGCAGAACUCUAUUAAAAUGGAGACGAUAGAAGAGGUUUCACAGCAAGACAUGAAGCCAAAUUUAUCUCAGCUGUCCUUUGAAAGGGAUGACACGGCUCCUAUUGCUGCUGACCUCACUCUGCAGAUAAAAAGCUGGGAGCUAGACAGCAAGGUCUCUGCAAAGGCCAGUUUACAAAGCCCUCAACUCAAGAACCCAUCGCAGGUGAGUGAGACAGUUCCACCUCUUCCUGCUUCCAGUGAGCUAGGUGUGCAUCAUACCAGUGAGCACUCAUCCCAGACCCCUUUGAACUACAUAGUAAACACCUCCAUGGAAGCACCACGCAGAACCCAGAGACUUUGCGCUAAAAAAGCCGGCUAUAAAACCUGCUGCUCUCCAGAGCCACCAAAGCUGCAUCACAUCACAGCCGUGACGCUGGAUAACCUGCAACCACAGCAGGAACAGCAGGAACAGCAUCAGGCACAAGAGCAGAACAUCUGCCCCGAAUCAAAGCGGAGGUACAACAGCGUGGUGACGGAGCAGAGCGGCUUGACCAGCUUGCAGAGGAAGAGGGAGUACUGGAAGCUGAUGAAGAGGCAGCAGAGGGCCAAGUUAAAGGCCAGGCAGAAAGACGGCGAGGGGGAGUGCAGCAGCGGGCUCUUCCCCAGAAGCAUUCAGACCCCGGGGCUCGUUAUUAUCAACAGUCUUAAAGGGGCGAGUCCUCCAGCAAAACGAGCCCUGCAGCCCAAACCACCUGUCUCUCCUCUGGACUCAGUGACCAGCAUCCCCACCGUUCUGGUUGUUAGCCAAACAACAUCUAAUGCUCAACAGUCAGCGUGCACGCUCCAGGUCAGACUGCCUAUCACCAGCAAUGAGUACAGCAGCGUCAAACUUGGGCCUUCACAUGCUGUAUCCAGCUGUGCAGGAGUUUCUGAAUCUCUACAGCUUUCACAAGCAUCUAGAAGCACUGAUGUAGACUCAGCUCCCGCCCUCACCGCUGCGAAGCCACCAGACAAACCACUGUCCAGUACUGACAUGCACCUCAUUGAACCCCUUGGUCAAAGUCCGUUAAAAAUCCCCUCUGCUCACCUUCAGAGUCCCCCACACAAGAAACAAUCCUCCAUCCAGCUGGCACCAGUGAGCACCAUGGUUCCUCCAAAGCCCAUCCCAGGGGAAAGUGAGCAGGACUUUCUGAGGAGGAAGCGGGAGUACUGGAGGAUAAAAAAGAAGGAGCAGAGAGCCAGGAAGGCAGUUCGGGAGAAGGGAAUCACCCAAAGCUUCAACAGCUGGAAGACUAGGCUGCCUCCCCUAGGUCUACAGACAGAGGAACCUGGUCAGUGGGUGAACUCUUCUGAGGAGUCAGAACAUCUAAUGAGCUCUUCAGUGGACUCGGCAUCCUUCACAUACUCGGAUUACACAGCCCCAAUCGAAGAUGAGUCAGAGCUGCUGUUCGCUGAAAGUGAGGACGAUUCUGUUUCCGAUGCUGUCUGGAGGAGCCGCUACCUCAUGGACUAUGACCCACUCAACCAGCUGCUGGUGUGCAUGGUGUGUGGGGAACUGCAAUAUUCCCACAGCCUAGAGGGAGUGAAGGCCCACAUUGACGAGGCCCACCCACACACCCUAACCUUGGAGCCCGGCGAGAAAGAGCAAAUACGGGAGGCCUGGGAUGAGCAGGUGUCGCGGCGGGAACGCUUCUUCAGCAGCCAGCUGCAGCAGCACAGCAGACCUGUGGCAGAACCACACAAGAACUGAAGAGCUGAAGAGACGGCUGCAGGAGGCAGCUGAAGACCAUGGACCAGGAGAAACAAACCCCACCCCCUUUCUCUCGUGUAUUUUAUUUCUUAUCAGUGUGUUUACCUCUGCAGGAAGACACCUUGGAAAAGAAGGCCCUAAAGCAGCUUUACCUCAUUUCCUACCAGGGUUGUGUAUGUUUAUCAAAGGCAGUGAGGACAUUUUUAUACUGAAGCUGCUUCAUCCGAGAUUUGCUGUCAGUCCUUCUCCUGUUGUGUUUGUUUUUUGUGCUCCUUUUUUCUCUCAUCCACCAAUCAGCUGCAGCAAACGGUUGCUCCUGCUUCUCCCAGAAGUUUCCUCCUGUUCAAAAGGAGCUCUUCCUCCCCACUCUUGCUGCUCAGAGGGGAUCAUUGCACUUCUCUAUAAUAUUGUUGCUUCUUACAACACAGCACCUUGAGAUGAGUGUUGGAGUGAAACAUUACUACAUUUGGGAAAUCUUCACUCCGGGAAGGCUAAGCUAAUGGCAUUCUGGACAUAUCAGUUUAUUAGGCCACUGAGCUUUUUGGUCUUAAUUUAUUGAUCCAAUCACAGACUUGCACAAAUAUCUUCUUUGAUCACAUGACCUCUGUGGGCGCCAUAAUAAAAUAUAACCUGUGUUUUCCA